CCACCAACAACCUCACUCCCUCGCUCACUCCCCACCCGUAAUAUAGACUACUAGGAGCGAAGUCCAGCACACUCCUAUCCCACAUCCCAAGACAAGAAGCGCCUGGAGCUUGCCAUGGCAGCCAAUCCAGAUCGGGAGGUGUGCCACCGGGCAGGGAGAGGAGGGAAGAUGCUGCUGCCGGUGAUGGCCGUCUUGGCGGCGGUGGUGCUGGCGUCGCUGCCGUCGGCGGCGGUGGCGACCAACUACACGGUGGGCGACGAGAAGGGGUGGAACCCCAAGGUGGACUACACCUCCUGGGUGAAGAAGCACCGCCCCUUCUACACGGGCGACUGGCUCCUGUUCGAGUACCAGAACGGGCGGUCGGACGUGGUGCAGGUGGACGAGGUCGGCUACGACAACUGCGACAAGGAGAGCGCCAUCAGCAGCCACAGCAAGGGGACCAGCUACGCAUUCCAGCUCAAGGAGGCCAAGGACUACUUCUUCAUCUGCAGCUACGGCUACUGCUACUCCGGCAUGAAGCUCGCCGUCACCGCCAAGAAGGGCCCCGCCUCUUCCUCCCCCGACUCCGGCUCGUCCUCCUCCUCCUCGCCGGCCGCCAAGUCAUCCUCCAAAUCCGCCGCCUCCCCUCUCGCCGCCCGCAACGCCGCCCCCCUCGCCGCCGCCGUGGGCGCCGCCGCCAUGCUACUCAGGAUGCUCUGAUCAGUUGAUCUGGCUAGCGAUUCCGUUCUCCGUUAAGUCCAGUUUGGCUCAGAUCUUGUCAGAUU